AUGUUCAUUGAUCUGAACAUACCUAUACCUUCAGUAACAUCGAGACAACCUCCAGGACCACAAGCACAGUCGAAGAAAGGGAAGGGAAAGCAGCAGGCCAGUGUUCAAACUGCCGUUUUCACCCCAGCCCAGAUCUCCGCAAUCGAGGCCCGCAUUGACUUGCUUGUCCACUUGGGAUAUACUGUGUUUGCGCUGAACCAGACAGUAUCGAAAAAAGUUGAUCCGAAGACACAUGUCAAUGCGCUCGAUCCCCUCUUGUCUCAGCUGCGCAGAAGAACAGACGCUGCAUUCCUGAAGCGUCUUACGAUUGUGUUAGACGAGGAGAGUGAGAAAGGUUUCGGUUUGACAACAUCGAAUGCAACCCUGUUUACCCCUUACGAUAUCAUAGCCCUCGCACCCACAACAGCCACAUCCUUCUCGCUUGCAUGUCUGACGCAUACACUCCCUUCUCCGCUCACUGCGCAUAUCAUCUGCAUACCCCUCACUCUUCCUCGUCUCCCCUUCAACCUCAGGCACACACUCGUCCGAGCUGCGCUGAAGAAUGGUGCUGUGUUCGAAAUCAAUUACUGCGGUGCCCUCGGCGGCGAGGGCGAGCCCGGCGGUGGUGAGAGUGGCACGAGCGUCAAGCGCAAUUGGUGGGCGUCCGCAAGGGAGGUGGUGCGCGUCACGAAGGGCAAGGGCAUUCUUGUCAGUGGAGGUGCAGUAAACGAUGCUGAUCUGAGAGCACCAAGAGAUGUAGCUAAUUUAAUAACUGUACUAGGGUUGCCGCAAGAUGUUGCGCAUGAUGCCGCUACCAAAAUUCCGCAGUCUCUAAUCCUUCGGGCUCAGACUCGCAGGACAUAUCGUGCCAUCUUGUCGGAACCUAGGAUAGUCAUACCAGGUGCUUCAGCGUCGAACACGGAGUCAGAACCGCUGCCCCCACCAUUGCCAGAACGUACGGCGUCUGAAACAGUCACGACUGCCUCGGUAGCGGCAGCUCCAAGCGGUGGAGCAGACGCUCCAACGAUGUUGGAGACUGCACUGGAGAGCCAGGAAACUGCUACACAACGCGCGAAGAAGAGGCGGCGAGAUGGUGAAAACGAUGACAAUAAUCUAGGUACAUCGGCUGCAAUUUCGGAAGUCGAGAAAGAUGGGUCGUCGAGAAAGAGGAAAAAGAAGAAAACGAAAGAUGCGAAGGCAUAA